AUGAUUCCAAAUAUGCAAAUAUUGCAUGAUGUUGGGGUGCCUGGAUCCAAAAUAUUUCAUCUAUUGAAUUACCAGCCUAGAAAUUUUUUAGCUACUACAGAGCAGUUCAAAAAGGUGGUGGAGGAAAUAAUGGAGAUGGGUUUUGAUCCUUUGAAAACAGCUUUUGUGUUAGGGAUUCACACGCUUAUGUCAAUGAGCAAGUCGACUAGGGAGAAGAAGAUGGAGAUUUAUGAGAAAUGGGGUUGGUCUAAAGCCCAGAUCUUGGUAGCCUUUAGGAGUAGUCCAGUGUGUUUGAUGAUGUCGGAGGAGAAAAUUGAUAAAGUGAUGGAGUUUCUUGUUAGCAAGAUGGGGUUUGAGACAUCACUUAUUGCAAAGAAUUCUGUUCUUGUUUCAUUGAGUAUGGAGAAAAGGAUUAUCCCGAGAUGUUUGGUUUACCAAUAUUGUUUGGACAAUGGAUUGAUGAAUGAUAAAAAUUACUGUGGUAUUAGUUGGUGGUUGAAAGGUACAGAGAAUGCAUUCAUCGAGAGAUUGAAAAGAUAUGAGCCAGAAGCUUCAAAUGCUCUCAAAUUCUAUCAGGAAAAGUUGGAUCAUGCAAACAACAAUGGACAUAUGUCUUUGCCCUUUCAGAUAGAGAGUUGA